GGAGUCUCAAAUGUCACCAUCGACGGGCUAAGAGGUAAUCUCAAAACUUAUGAAUCCACUAUCCUAACCCCGUCUUUGGAUGAACAAAAGAAGAAGGGUAUAGCGCUGAAAGCAACCAAGGAGUCCGCGGAAGAUGACUCAAGCGACGAUGACCACGAGUUCGGACUCGUCAUCAAGAAGUUCCACAAAUUCAUGAAGAAAGAAUUUGAAAUAAAAGGAAGAAAGCACGACGGGCCCCCGAAGUGCUAUGGUUGUGGUGAGAUAGGCCACAUCAAGCCGAGGUGUCCAAAAAGAAAAGGCGGCAAGGACAAACCUGGCUUCAAAAAGCAACGCGCCUAUAUCUCUUGGGGAGGCGACUCCGGGGAUGAGUCAACGGAUCAAGAAGAGGAGGAAGCCGCCAACCUCUGCCUCAUGGCGCACGAAGAUCAAACUGACGACGUUCAAGAG